AAAAGGCCAAAGCCAGAGCUAGAGUAAACCAAAUUUCACAAAACUUUCAUUUUCGUCCCAUUUUUUUUCUUCGUCCCUCAACGGACAAAAAUGGCGAUGGCGGUUGAAGGAGGAGGGACGUUAUCAGAGAUACACCAGAGCGCGAAGAAGCUGCUGAUGAAAGCGAGAGACGGAGUGGAGAAACUGGAUCGACUCGAGAGCUCCACAUCCACCGGCGGUUACGAUUCGCCGGAGCUCUCUUUCGCCGUCAAGAAAGACAUCUCUCAGAUCCAGUCUCUCUGCGUCGAGAUGGAUCGUCUCUGGCGCUCCAUCUCCUUUAAGUCACAGCGAGAUCUUUGGAGAAGAAAAGUGGAACAAAUAGCAGAAGAGGCUGAACAAUUGAAAGAAAGUCUGGACAAGUAUUUGUUAAGAAAUCAGAGACGGAUGAACGAAGCUAGAGAGAGGGCAGACUUGCUUGGGAGAGCUAAUGGAGAAUCUUCUCAUGUUUUGAGAAUUUUUGAUGAGGAAGCACAAGCGAUGCAGUCAGUUCGAAAUUCAUCAAGAAUGCUACAAGAAUCUUUUGCUACGGGAACUGCCAUCCUUGCUAAAUAUGCAGAGCAAAGGGAGCGCCUGAAGAAAGCACAACGGAAAGCUCUUGAUGUUCUUAACACAGUGGGGCUCUCCAACUCUGUACUGAGGCUGAUCGAGAGGAGGAAUCGUGUCGAUAGGUGGAUUAAGUAUGUUGGGAUGAUAUCAACGGUGGUAAUCAUAUUUUUGUUUUGGAGGUGGACUAGGUAGUUGAUCUGCCCUUCAUAAUUUGCACAUAGAACAUUACUUGCCAUCUUUGUUGAGGAUGAUCUGUUUCCGUGCUAGAGGGCUAACUAAUGAGAUUGUAAACGCCAUUGUUUGUGAGCACAACCGGGUAUAGAAUUUGAUUUACCAAAAAAAAAAAAAAAACAUUGGCAAUAUUUGAAAGAAGACUUGAAAUACUAUAAUAAUAGGAUGUAAAAUUUUGAUACUAUUUAUGGAAAGUGUAUGUUAGUGGCUAAAGAGUAAAGGGACAGAAAGAAUGUGGCCUAAUUAGCAGGGAUGAUAUCAAUGGUUGGAUACUUCGAUGGAAUUUCGUUAUAUCAAUUUGUUCUUCUGCUCGGUUUACAUUUCCAC